GUGAAAUCUGUCCCCUGUGUUAUUAUUGUUGGCAAAAGAGCAGCUGCGUACUCUGUAAAGUCGUGUACACAAACAGUUUGCUACCAUCCUUUCUAAAACAAUGCCGUCGGGUAAAAAUUUUAGAAGGAGAAGAGAAAGCUCUUCGGAUGAAGAGGAAGACGAAAUAACAGCUGAAGUUAGGUAACGUUUGAGACGUUUUCAAUAUAGCUUACCUUAGCUAGUAAGGCAGCCACGACGUGAAUGAUGGCCAGCUUCUAGCUAGCUGCAGCUGGCUAAUGACUCUUCGAUUGCCAGAUAGCAGUUAUCUUCCUGUUCUUGAUAUUGACAUCAGUCAAAUAUUUUUUUUCUACUCAGAUCGAAACUGGACGAAGCUAAAGAACUUCAGAGUUUACGGAAAAGACAGACUGGAGUUAGGUAGGCAAAGUUUACAGUUAUGUUUCUGUUGUGUACCCUAGCUAAUUGUACUUAGCUAGCUACCUAAGCUAGAAGUUUAUAUCGCAGCAAGCUAUGCAAUAAUAUUUGAUUAUCAACAUUUAUCUUUUUAAGCAUUGGGUUUUCAGCCAAACUACAGGCUCACAACUUGGUUUGCUGCUAUAAAGCCGAAGGAUGGGGCUGGAUAAAUUGAAUCACUAUCUCAGUCCAUGAGAUAGACAUAAUAGUUUUAAUCAUAGUUUGUUUACAAAGACUCAAAUGAGCACGCUUAUUGGGUUAAGAUAGAGUAAGACAGUUAUUUGGACCUACUGAGGCAUGUACAAUUUAGCAUAUAUUAUAAAAAAGUAAACAGGCAUAUUAUAAAAUGACUUUAAUAGUUGAACAAUUAUACCUUAAAGUGAUGAUACUGAAAAGUGAUGAUAAACGUUAUGUUAUGUUGUGCUAUUCAGCGUGGCCGCAUUGUUGGAGGGGGAGAAACUUCGCUUGGACGAAGGGGGUGAUGUACGUUUUUUUUCUUGUUUACAUAGUGUUAUUGUUCACUAGUUGAGACAUUGAACGUGUUUGCGUUUCUGCUUUAAACAUCUAACUACAUUCUUUUCACCUUUCAUUCCUCAAAAGAAUGACCCUUUUAAAUUGAAGACCGGGGGCGUUGUUGACAUGAAAAAAGUAAAAGACCGGGCCAGAGACAUGUAAGCUUUUAUUGUUACCAGUUUCAGGCUUUUAAAGUGAGUGUGUGAGACAAUUUUUUGUCUGUAUUUAUAAUGUGUGUGUGUGUCUUUUCCACCUUCAGGACUGAUGAUGACACAGGGGACCUUAAUCUGGGCACCUCUUUCUCUGCCGAGACCAACAGACGAGAUGAGGACGCCGACAUGUAUGUUAUCAACAAACCUCUGCAAACUAAACAUUUGAUUAUAUUUUAGUGGAUCCCCAUUAGCCGAUGCCAAAACGAAAAAGACAUUACAGACAAAAAUACAUUCUCUUAGAGAGCACAACUAUUGUCCAAUGAGAUCUCACUGAUGUUUCAGAUCACUCAUUUUCUCUCCCUGUCACAAUUUUGAAGUUCUAUAUUUUGCUAUAUAUUUUUAAAUGUUCUCUCCCCCUGUCCCCCGGCUAGGAUGAAGUACAUUGAGACAGAGCUGAAGAAGAAGAAGGGCUUGGUGGAAGCGGAGGAGCAGAAGGUAAAAGUGAAGAACGCUGAGGACCUCCUGUACGAGCUGCCGGAGAACAUCCGGGUCAACUCGGCCAAGAAGACUGAAGAGAUGUUGUCCAAUCAGAUGCUGAGUGGGAUCCCUGAGGUGGACCUAGGCAUUGAGUGAGUGGCCGGGGUCUCAAAAUGUUUCUGCAGCUGUGGUAGUGUUCAGUUUUCGGAACUCUGCCACUGCUGCUGAAAAAAACCUAGGGGAAACACUGUUGGUGUACUUUGUUUUUUUGCUCUUGUUAAAUCUGUAUUCAUGUUUGUAGCAACUAUAGAAAUGUCUCGUCAUCUUACCACAACAAAUCCAGUGACUGAAAACCUUGCACAACAGCUAUGGUGUUUGUUUACCUCUAUUACUAUCUUGAAGCUUAGAUAGAGCAUUAUUUUUUUCAGUGCUAAGAUAAAGAACAUCAUCUUCACGGAGGAGGCCAAGGCCAAGCUGCUGCAGGAUCAGAGGAACAAGAAGAAGGACAACGGCACCUCCUUCGUCCCCACCAACAUCGCUGUCAACUAUGUCCAGCACAACCGCUGUGAGUCAUGUUAUGUUCAUGUCAUCUAUGACUGACACCUGUUCACACUACAGGGCCGACCCAGCCCAUACUGUGCUGGCUUGGUUAUUUUCCCCCCACAUUGUUCUUUCCAGAAACUAUGGUGGAUGUGUAACCAGGCCAGCCCAGUACAGCUAGGCUUGACUCAGUAGCAUGAAAGGGGUAUUAGAUUAGUGACAUCAAAUCACGUCAACCUGUUUUAUACAUGCUGAUCGGUCUGACCUUUAACUGUGUGAAUGUCUUUUGUUCCAGUCUACCGUGAAGACGUGAACGCCCCACAGAGACACCACAACAGACACAAACCAAAGGAGCCAGAGGCCAGGCCUCUCCGUGUGGGUGACACAGAGAAACCAGGACCAGAGGGUAAGAGAAGAACCCACACAACCACACUACUGUAUUAACCACUUAACUACAUAGCAUUUAGACCAGAGGACAUAUACAAACACACAUACUGUUUGAGAGACGCAACAGCUAAUACUGAUAGCAUAACACAGUAAUUCUGAGAUGAAAAGAUUUGUAUAUUUUUAGCUGAAAUAUUAGAGAAUAUACCUAUUAGAGAAGGUAACUGUCAAUCUGCUCUCAUGUCUCUCCCAGCUGUGGAACCAGCCAACCAUCGCAAGAGGCCUAACAACGAGAAGGCCACGGACGACUACCACUACGAGAAAUUCAAGAAGAUGAACCGCAGAUACUGAGGAUAGAUUUUCCCUUUGACUGGAGAUUGGAUAAUCUCCAUUGAACAUGCUUUUUAGUCUAGGACUAGGCUUA